AUGAUGGGUACAAGAAUUCAUUGUUCGAUUAAGAAACAACACUUGAAGAGAUACGACAACCAUUUAUCUGUUGGAAGCUGGAAAUUCAUUGAAGAGUUCAAUGUUACCAAUUCAAUUGGACAAUACAGGACUACCAAACAUUGUUACCGGAUUAGUUUUGUUAAAGACACAAUUGUCUCUAAUUAUGUAACCGUGUCAGACUCUGAAUUCUUGGACUUGGUACGCUUCAGUCAAAUUCAUGAAGGAAUACAGAAUCAGAGCAUUUUGUGUGAUGUUCUCGGCCAGAUAGUGAAUGUGGGUCAACUGUCUACGAUGCAUGUCAAUAAUAAAGAGGCAAAGAAAAUUGAUUUCGAACUAAGGGAUGAGCAUGAUAUGCGGCUAAGUUGUACCUUAUGGGGAAAUUUUGCUAAUCAAAUCCUCGAAGCCACUUCUAAAAGUGAGACUGAAAAAUUAAUCUGUCUCAUUAGAUUUGGAAAAAUUAAAGAGUUCAGAGACGUAAAAAGUGUUUCCAAUGCUUUUGAUGCCAGUUUAGUCAUUAUAAACCCGUCUGGAUCACAGAUUGACAACUUUGUGCAUACAUUACCAGAUGAUGGCUUGGCUCUUACUGUAUUGGAAACCAAACCUAAAAAAGAAAUUCUGGCAAAGACGGAGGAUUACUGGAACCAGUUUCCUAUGGUCACUGUGGCUGAACUCAAGGAAUUAACCAAGGUUCAAGCUGCAUCUGAAGGUUAUGGAUACAAUAAGUGA